AUCACAAUCUUGACAGAGGAUAUGGCGACGAAGCUCGUGCAGACAAUGCGAGUCCACACACACAGGGCUCGGCGGGCAGGUGUCAUCCGUAAGAUAUGAAAUGUACACGUCAAUUUCAAAUGCUCGGCACUGUAAAUGUCACCAGAAAAAGACGUGAUAUUCAUGUUACAAUGACCACUGACAUAUCAGUGCUGGACAUGGGGAAGACACUUGGCAACACGAUUGGCAACAAACAGCUGGACAUCAGCUGUAACGACAAACAGCUGGACAUCAGCUGUAACGACAAACAGGACCAGGCGCAGGAGGGACCAGACGGGGACAGUGGAAUACAGACCCUUUCCUCAGCAAGUACUCUCACAAAGGAACCUACCUACCCCGUCGUGAAUGACAUAAACCGCCGCAGCACGUUCAAACAACAUGUCAUCGUCUGUUCUGGAAGUGGUUCAUUGGAAGCUGAAGCUAUUCAAAGUAGUCUGAAUGUCGAUACUGGUCCCGUGUCUAUCACUGUUUGCAAUGAUACAGCUGGGUUCUUUAACAACAUUUCUCCCUCGGCCUCUGACACAGCUUUGUAUAUCGUGGUUGAUUCACCCAUGUGUGACAUAUUGAUGAAAGGACGCAGGCUGCCCGACGCUGUUUAUGACUUCUUCGAAGAAUUUGCACAGUCGUCGAAGGUCUAUUUGAAGAACAUACUCCCCCAGCCGGAACACUGGAGAUACGACGGCCUGAGGUGUCAGCUGCCUCAAGACUGUGUGCGUGAAUACAAGGAGAUCCACAUCUCUUGUGGACAGACACCCGUGACAGAGGGGGAUCGUGUCACAGUUGAAUCAGAGUCGGGUGCUGGGUCUAUGGAAUCAACUGAUAAUGUUGAUGAUGACGACAUUGAUAUUGAUGAGGAUGGUGGCGAUGAUGACGCUGAUGCAGAGGAAUAUUCUUCGAUGGAAGAAUCAGGAGUUGUCUCGCCCACCGAACAUAUUCAAAUUGGCUCCAACUGUACAAUGAACAUCACACGGCAGCCCACGGGAGAACUGUUGAUGAGGCAAGAUGGUACUCAAAAUACCAUGAACGUUCAGAUAGUUCCUAGAGAAAGUACAUCAAAGGUAGUUGUGGUGAUCACCCCCGUACCUACAGACCCCGAACUUGACAGGAUCCUUCUACGUCAAAUGGAUGGUCAGAAGGACGUCAUCAACAUCAACCUCCAGUCACAAAAUGCUCAGGUUGUCCGGUUUAGUCCAGGCUCGGUCAUCGUGGAAAUUGAUCUUCAACCUGGACAGAAAGUCGGACCAGAAUGGAUUAAGAGCUUGCUGGGGAAGCUGUUCAAUCAGAAAGUGAAGUCAUGCAUUCCUCAAGGCACACGUCUGAAAGUAGACAUUAAAAGCAAUGUCUGCCUUCCUGGAGAUCAUUUGGAUCAGUCCCUAUCAAAGAUGUCAUCAGAUAUUCACACGGGUUGUGUGGCCAGAGAGAAGUAUGAUGAACUGGCCAAAGAACUGGAUGAACUUAGGAGGUCAAAUACUUCUCAGAGGCUGUCAGUACGACUCGUAUCGGGAGACAUCAAAGCUGAGAAGACCGACGUGAUUGUCAACUCAACAAACACCAAUCUUAAAAUGCUAGAAGGGGACAUUUCAAAGAGUAUCCUGACUGCUGCCGGGUCAUCAGUACAGAAGGAGUGCAGUCACAAGUACCCAUCUGGACUAGAGAUAGGUGUUGUGGCCAAAACAGACGGUGGUUCCCUUGCCUGCCAUAACAUCUACCACGUCGUCCUUCCUAACAUAUGGAACUCCCACCCAAAGGUUGCACAGGAGUGUUUCAGGAGUAUCCUUGGCAAGAUCCUGCAGCAGGCGGACAACGAUGGCCACCGCUGUAUCAGCAUCCCGCCCCUAGGCACGGGACAUCUCCGCUACACGCCAAACAUUGUGGCCAAGCUUAUGUUCGAGGUGUGCCGCAGCUUCAGGUCAAAGUUCCUGAUGGAAGUUCGAUUGGUUGUGCUUCCCAAAUUUGCUGAUGUACAUAAGGCAUUCACGGAUGUGUAUAAAGAAUGUGAACAUGAAGAACUAUAUGCUGAAAAGGCACCAAUGGCAUCUGAAAUAUGUCCAUCAACAUCCAAGGCUUCUGAAGAGGCAUGCAAACAGAAAGAGAUCAAGAAGAGUGCGAUCGAGAUCUCGUGGAUCAGCGGAGACAUGGCUGACCAAGAGGUUGAUGCUGUUGUGUGUUCCACGAAUCCUAAUCUGAAUCUGAAGAAUGGUGUCUUGUCCGUGUCCAUCUUAAAGAAAGCAAAGGGGGACAUUGAAGAAGAGCUUAACGCCAACUACCCCCAAGGAAUAGGGGCAUGGGAGGUGGCCUUCACGGGUGGAGGACAAAGCCCAUGGAAGCAGAUCUACUUCACAACACUGAAGAAUUGGGACACUUCAGAAGAACUAAAGAACUCAUUUGUCCGAAUGAUCACAAAGUGUCUGCAAUUGGCCAGUGAGUCUCAACUUUCCUCCAUUGCCUUCCCGCUGCUGGGAACGAAGAGACAGCGAUACCCUUGUGACCUGGUGUCAGAGUGGCUUAAUCAAGCAAUACUGCUCUAUGCAACAGCGAAUCCGGAGACCUCUUUGGUUGAAGCAAUGAUCGUAGUUCGACCAGAAGACCAGACCAAUCCCAAAUGUUAAUUUGCAUAUCACCUGAACGGACUUUUCUCUUGUUUGUAAGGCAGCUCUUCUGACUCAGUGGAAACUGCGUGAGUAGGGUUUCUGGGGCAGGGCAUGCUAAUCCCUGUCUUCAACACCCUGUGUCCUCACUGAUUUUCAGUGAUCCAUUGAUUUACGUUUCAUCAAUAUGUUUGCCGUUUACGCCCAAUGAAAUCUGUUUUAGAAGAUAUUCGAGAUAUAUAGUUCUCUGGCGUUGACGUCUAAAUUCAGUGUGACUUGCAGAUUGUUUUGUACAACUGCGACAGUGAGGCGAUUUGGCCAUAUACAUAUCAAAGUGGUCAUAUUGCCAGCUAUGAAAAGGGUUCGAUGCCUGCAAGUGGUACCGUUAGGAUAAACACCCAACAGAAAUAGUUUUUUCACGUCUUAUGACAUUUUCUCAAGGAAGGUUAUCUUCAUUUAAUUUUAUCUAAAUGUGUAGAUUUUCAAUAAAUGAAAUAGAUGAUAAACAUGUGUAAUUUCUUGAAUAUCCUCUGUCAAUUAUUUAGUAGCACUGGAACUGUUCUUUGCGAAGAUAUAUGUAACAUUUUACGAGACAAAAUCUAAUUGAGAUGGAUUUUAUUUUAUGUAGCUGACAUACUGAAGAUAGUGAUGCUCUUAAAGCAGGUCUGUUGUGCGUACGAACGAGGACUAAACUUUGUGUAAUAUAUCAAAAUUAUAUUUCUCAUUAUAACUUAAAUGAAAAUAUGUAAUUCGUUGUCAUAUAUUUAAGGGAUUUUUAGUUGUAACAACAUUGUAUCUGAUAUGUUGUAUAAACUUUUUAUCCAGUUCAGAUUUUUACACAUACAUGUAUACUUAAUAGAUAAUAAACUGAUGUAUGUCCA